GAUGUUGCUUCUCUAGCCGUUGCUAAGCGACCAUAAUCGACAGAUUCGAUUAUCUUGAGCGUUUUGUGCGAUUCGGCCAGGCUCUGUGAAAUUCGCUUUUUUAUUGUGCUAUCAAGUUGCGUAUUAUUACCCUUGUUGUAAGUCAUCUACAGGAAAGAAGCACAACUCUAAACAGAUAACCAUGAGUCAGCGUCAAGUUUUACAAGUUUUUGAGCAAUAUCAAAAAGCUCGUACUCAAUUUGUUCAAACAAUUGGAGAACUAUCAACAAGACCACAAAAUAUUGAAACCCUACAGAAUGCAGGUGUAAUGUCACUACUCAGACCACUGCUACUUGAUGUUGUACCAACUGUUCAACAAACUGCAGCUUUGGCUCUCGGUCGACUUGCAAAUUAUAAUGAUGACCUUGCGGAAGCCGUUGUAAAAGGGGAUAUUCUACCUCAACUUGUGUAUUCACUCGCCGAACAAAAUAGGUUCUACAAGAAGGCUGCCGCAUUUGUAUUACGUGCUGUUGCAAAACAUUCACCCCAACUGGCUCAAGCUGUUGUUGAUUGUGGUGCAUUGGAUGCUCUUGUCAUUUGUCUUGAAGAAUUCGAUCCCGGUGUCAAAGAAGCAGCCGCUUGGGCUUUGGGAUACAUUGCAAGGCAUAAUUCAGAAUUAGCCCAAGCUGUUGUUGAUGCUGGUGCUGUCCCAUUGCUUGUGCUCUGCAUUCAAGAACCAGAAUUGUCAUUGAAAAGAAUUGCUGCAUCCGCACUUAGUGAUAUAUGCAAACACAGUCCAGAACUAGCUCAAACUGUAGUUGAUGCAGGAGCUAUUGCACAUCUUGCUCAAAUGAUCUUGAAUUUGGAUGCUAAAUUGAAAAGACAAAUCUUCUCAGCAUUGAGUCAAAUUGCAAAACAUUCAGUGGAUUUGGCAGAAAUGGUUGUAGAAGCUGAAAUCUUUCCUGCAGUUCUAACCUGUCUACGUGACUCUGAUGAAUAUGUGAGAAAAAAUGUGGCAACUCUGAUCCGAGAAAUUUCAAAGCAUACUCCAGAGUUGGCACAACUCAUUGUGAAUGCUGGUGGUGUGGCAGCCAUUGUUGAUUAUGUUGGAGAAUCAAAAGGUAAUGUCUGUCUGCCUGGUAUCAUGACUCUUGGAUAUAUUGGUGCUCAUUCCGAAAAUCUUGCUAUGGCAGUUAUAGUAUCAAAGGGCGUAAACCAACUUGCUAUCUCUCUAAUGGAAGAGCAAGAAGAUCACAUCAAAGCUGCAGCAGCAUGGGCACUUGGACAAAUUGGACGUCAUACACCUGAACAUGCCAAAGCUAUUGCUGUGGCAAAUGUUUUACCAGGCUUGCUUCAACUUUUCCUGGCAGCAAAUAGCUCUGAAGACUUGCAAAUAAAGGCAAAGAAAGCAUUGAAGAACAUCCUGCAAAAAUGUGUCCAUCUUCCAGCACUUGAACCUCUGUUACAUGAUGCUCCACCAAAUAUUCUCAAACAUGUUGUUGGUCAAUAUAGCAAGGUACUUCCACAUGACAACAAAGCUCGACGAAUUUUCGUUACCAGCGGCGGAUUGAAGAAAGUCCAAGAGAUCAAGGCAGAACCAGGCUCCGUACUUAGCGAGUACAUCAACACAAUAAACAACUGCUUCCCUGAAGAGAUUGUCCGCUAUUACAGUCCAGGAUACUCGGAAGCUCUUUUGGAGAGAGUAGAGAAAUACGCGCCUACUGCUUAGUUUUAGAUUUUUUAUUUAUCAAUUUUAUAUACUAUUUGCUUGUUUUCAGGAACAAGUAAUGGCAAAUUGUGUGUUUUCCAAGUAUUUCCAAUGAUAAAUCAACCAUUUAUGCAUGAUUUAUCAUUGAAUAGUCCUUUGAAAACUUCACUUUAUUUUUCAUCUUGUAUUUCCGCUUGUACAGCUCAUUUCCAAUAUUAAAUUUCAUACAACAUGUAGACUGUA